UGUGUAAAAUUUUCCUAGAGUGGAGGUAUAUGAACGGCAGUCAGGUGAUUUCUCCUCACUCCCUCACCGGCCGCAACGGAACACAGGUGAAACAGAUACUCAGGUGACUCCACGGAUAGCUUAUCUUAUAUAGGAUGCACGUGUCCCAGGCAUGUGUGGUGGCUGCGGUGGUGGCGGUGAUGGUGGUGAUCGCCCCUCCCACGCCCACCCAAGCCGCGCCAUUCGGCAUAUCAGACAUUCUAGGAAGCGUCCUUGCACCUGUAGUGAAGGAGGCCAUCAAGACAAGGGAAAUCACGUUGCUGGACAACUACUGCACGAUGACAAGGCGACCCUACAUCAAGAGCCUCGAAGUGCACUACAGGGCGGAAGUGAGCUGCCCAGGCUGGACCACCAUCAAGGGAAGAGGUUCCAAUCACAGAAAUCCCACCAAUUCCGAGAAUGCUGCCCUUCGGGACUUCAUGACGAAGGCGGUGAAGGCAGGAUUGGUCACAAGAGAGGAAGCUGCCCCCUGGCUUGAUAACCGCUAAACCACACUCAGGACACUCUUCACUCUUUUGCUUCUCUGGAAAAUAAGGCAUCUUUAUCUUCCUUACAUGCUUCCUUGGCCCGUAUUCUUAAACGUUUCAGCGAUUUAUCUCGACUGCUUUUAACAAGCUCUAGUGAAACUUAUUGGGAUUUCAGGGGUGUUUUCGUUUCUAGUGACAGUUUAGUAAUGAUUCAACAUCUUUAACAAGCUGUGGUUGGAGUUAUUAUUAUUUUCAGGGAGUUUUCAUGCUUCUAAUGAGAGUCUAACAGGAUUCUACACCUUUAAGAGGGACUCAUUAGGGUUUUCAAAGAUAUUUUCGUGAUUCUAACGAAAGUUAAAUGAGCAUUCUGCACCUCAGACACCUUCAAACUCAAGGGUGUUUCCACGAUUCUAGUAACACUUAUGCAAGAAUUCUGCAUCAUCACUGAAAAAAAUCACCCAUGAGAAUACGAUGAAUCAUCUCUGUGGCCUUUAAGAAAUAGUCCUUAUGGGAAAACAAAACAUUUACGAAUGCGGGUCUCCGUGUCUCAUCUUUGUCCAAACCUGUAUUGUCACCACCACCACCUUCCUCACCUGCACAGUCACCGGUAAUUAUUGGUUGACUGAAUGUGAUAUUAUUUGUUACCUAAAUAUAGAAAAGCAAAUAAAUGUCAAUUG